UUUCGGUUAGAACUUCGCUGCUGGGACAAAUGCAUACAAAUGCAUUUAGGAGCUCAGAGGACAAGGAGUGGAAGCAUCUCUCCCACUGCAAAAACGAAAACCCUCCUUCUUUUUCUCACAACAUGUAUAGCUGUGGGUGCUACACAAACACAAGACGAAGGCAUAGAUGUUCUUUAUCAUUUAGGCCUAAGUGGGGCCCCCCUACAUCCCCCAUCAACAGGGACUACAAUGCCCUUAUCACGUACUUCGUUACCUCAAGGGGUUCACCUAAGUGCCUCAGGAGUUGUUUUGUCUGCAGCGGCUGCCAUUGAGGUUCCCAUUCCUCCAGUGAUAGCAUCAAGUUUGGGUACCCAGUUCACUAUAGUGAUAAGCCUACGCUCUUAUAAUGUGAACAACGCCUUUCUUUUCAGUAUUAGGAAUAAAAAUAGACUGCAGUUUGGUGUACAGUUGCUGCCAAGGAAGAUAAUGGUCCACACUGGAGGAAAGCAGUCUGUAUAUUUUGAUUACAGUAUUCAUGAUGAGCAGUGGCAUUCGUUUGCUGUCAGUGUUACUGAAAAAGCAGUGUCUCUGUACAUUCAGUGUGGAAAGAAGCAUUUCAGCAGAGAGAUUCUUUCUAAACGACCAGAGUUUGAUCCUCAUAGUUUGUUUACCUUAGGAAGAAUGAAUUCCCAUUCAAUCAACUUUGAAGGAAUAAUAUGCCAGCUGGAUAUUAUCCCUUCUGCACAAGCUUUAGCAAACUAUUGUAAAUAUGUGAAACAACAAUGUCGCCAAGCUGACACAUACCGAUCUCAACUUACCACUCCGGACACAUGGCUUGGGGUGCCCCCAACAAAACAGGUGGAUGAAGAAAAGACAGAUGCUUCAAGUCCUUAUCACAACACUUCCUCAUCAAUGCAUAUACUUCCAGAAUUCCUAGAGAAAGCUUCUUCUUCAACAUCUCCUUUCUUAAAGAUUAUUACUGCACUGGAAAUUAAACCUGAACCAAGUAACAAUCAAAUCGUGAAUAUCUCAAAAAUUCACCAGCAUGAUAACAGUAAAAAGAAAGGUGGUUUCCAGAUCUUCACACGAUUGCCCCUAAACCUUACAGACAAUACCACAGAAGAUGCGAAAAUGUAUCCUGAUCUUCUCUUUUCCAUAAAACAGACUAAAACAAAAAGUAUUAUAAGAAACACAACAAAGCAGUAUUCUUAUGAACCGAUGGAGAUGCUGCAAAUUUUAAACACAACAUUAUACAAGGCUCCUGAUACCGUGCUUUCAAAUAACCAGCUUGGUUCACAGGAUGACCAUACAUUUCCAAUUGAUGAGACUUAUAAUGCAGAAAGCAGCUAUGAACUUGGUAUUGAUGGUUAUGAUUACGACUAUGAAGAAUUGGAGAGAAUGCUUGAAAUGGAGAAUCUGAAAGGGCCUAAAGGGGAUACAGGACAGCCAGGACCCCCAGGUUCUCCAGGAUUACCUGGUCUGCCAGGGAAGAGAGGCCCAAGAGGUAUUCCAGGCCCACAUGGGAACCCAGGACUUCCAGGGCUGCCUGGCCCAAAGGGCCCUAAAGGUGAUCCAGGAUUCUCUCCAGGACAAUCAAAACGUGGAGAAAAGGGAGAUAUGGGACUGAUUGGCUUACCUGGGUUUUCAGGCAUCAGGGGUGAAAAGGGUCCCAUGGGAUAUCCAGGACCACCAGGACCACAAGGGGAACAAGGAAUUGUAGGAAUGGCUGGCAAUCCUGGGGCUCCUGGUUACCCUGGCAGGCAGGGUUUAGCAGGACCAGAAGGUAACCCAGGACCUAAAGGUGUAAGAGGUUUUAUUGGACCCCCAGGAGUGGCGGGACUGCCUGGACCUGAGGGAGAAAGAGGUAUUCCAGGUGUACCCGGAAAAAGAGGUUUGAAGGGGAGACUGGGUUUGCCAGGUGAUUUUGGAAACAGAGGGCCACCUGGUUCUGAUGGAAGUCCUGGAAUUAUGGGUGGUGCUGGCCCUCCUGGAUUUCCUGGACUUAGAGGUGUGAUAGGACCAGUCGGACCAUCUGGACUACCGGGAAUUCCUGGACCUCUGGGUCUUCCGGGGAGUAUGGGACAACCUGGAUUGAAAGGUGAUAAGGGUGAUCAAGGCGUUGCAGGAGAGCAAGGGGAGCCGGGCUAUCCAGGAGACAAGGGUGCUGCUGGUUUGCCAGGACUGCCAGGAAUUAGAGGAAAGCCAGGUCCCAUGGGUAGAAUUGGAGAUCCAGGACCCCAGGGACCAAUGGGCCCUCCAGGACCAGAGGGUUUUCCAGGAGAUAUUGGUAUUCCUGGUCUGAAUGGCCCUGAAGGCCCUAAGGGAUUUUUAGGUGACAGGGGACCUCUAGGACCACCAGGCCCCAAAGGAAUUGAGGGGGAAGAAGGACCUGUUGGACCCAUUGGAGGAACUGGCCCAAGAGGUAAACCUGGUCGGAAGGGUUAUGCUGGUGAACAAGGACCAGAAGGUCUAAAGGGAGAAACGGGAGAUCAAGGAAUUCUUGGGAAAACUGGUGAAAUGGGUCCCAUUGGUUUACCUGGAGAAACUGGACCAUCAGGAGGUCCUGGUGAGAAGGGAGAGAGAGGUAACCCAGGUCCAAUCGGCCCUCCUGGAGAAAAAGGCGUCAUGGGUUAUCCAGGACUCCCAGGUGGCCCUGGUGGUAUAGGGCCACAAGGAUUGCCUGGUCCUGCAGGGACAAGAGGGCCUUCUGGACCACCAGGCUCUAAAGGUCAAAGAGGACCAAGAGGCCAGGAUGGUCCUCCUGGAGAGCAAGGGACACAAGGUAUUAAGGGAGAGCGUGGAGACACAGGGAAAAAAGGCAUUCCUGGACUCAUUGGUAAAGCUGGCAACCCUGGAGAACGAGGAAGCCCGGGAGCACCAGGCUUGUCUGGUCCUUCUGGAAACACAGGGGACAUGGGUCCCAUAGGUGAACCAGGACCAAGGGGACAACAGGGUGAUGCUGGUCCUAUAGGAGAAAUCGGUUUUGAGGGACCACCUGGCCCAGAAGGAGAACCAGGACCACAAGGAGAACCAGGCACAAAGGGAGAUACUGGACAUGUUGGCAAUGCUGGAGAAUCAGGAGAACAAGGUUUAAGAGGUGUGCCCGGACCACCAGGGGAAGAAGGUGUCCAAGGGAAGGAUGGGUUAAAGGGGAGUACAGGAGACAAAGGAUUACCUGGAGAAGAUGGUGAAAAAGGAGACACUGGGAUUCUAGGAGUUACAGGCCUUAUAGGUGCACCUGGCAUAAGGGGCAUCCCUGGGCCUGAAGGACCUCCAGGAAGUCCAGGUCAAAGAGGUCGUGUGGGGAAAAAGGGGGAAAAGGGACAGCAUGGCCCCCCAGGAGAAAUUGGAGCCACUGGUGAUCCUGGUCAGCCUGGAGAAAUUGGUCCAAAGGGUUCAAGAGGAACUAGAGGCCUACUGGGACGUUUAGGCACCAUGGGAUCUGUAGGAGAGCCAGGAAUUCCAGGUUAUGGGGGCCACCAAGGGCUACCAGGAGCACCUGGCCUUCCAGGACCUAAAGGAGAGAAGGGUUAUCCUGGGGAAGACAACACAAUACUAGGACCACCUGGGCCCAUAGGUGAACCAGGGCCUGCUGGUGAGCAUGGAGAGAGAGGAGAACCUGGUGAUGUAGGUUACAAGGGUCAUUUGGGGCUUCCAGGACGUAGAGGUGCCAUUGGACAACAAGGCCCCCCAGGUGAGCCAGGUGAAAAAGGUGAACCAGGACCAAAAGGAGAAAGGGGAUCUCAAGGUCUCACAGGAAAAAAAGGAAUUAGUGGUCAAGCUGGGAAACCUGGAAUGUCUGGUAAACCUGGUCCUUUAGGCCAGAAAGGUGCUUCUGGCUAUCCUGGACCAGAGGGUGUUCCUGGGAAUUCUGGAAAGCCUGGGUUACCUGGGCAACGAGGCCUUCCUGGUGCUAGAGGAAGCCCAGGAAUAGCUGGACUGGCAGGAUAUCCUGGAACUCAGGGACCCAAGGGGUUACCAGGUAUGCCAGGAAACACUGGACCACCAGGAAUAAAGGGUGAACAAGGGCUUCAGGGUCAUCCAGGAAAGCAAGGUAAACGAGGCCUUCCUGGGACCCAAGGUGAUCAAGGACCACCAGGAGAUCCUGGCACCAAAGGGCAUGCUGGAGAAUUUGGAGAUCAAGGCUUAAUGGGAUUUCAGGGGUUCCCAGGUCCCAAGGGCCCUGAAGGCAACCCUGGUUUAAUUGGAAUUCUGGGACCUAAAGGCCCAACAGGCCAAAUAGGAAACACUGGUCCUUUUGGUAUUGAAGGCAUGAUAGGCCCAGCUGGCAAGCCUGGACCCAGGGGUGAAAAAGGAGCCAGGGGUGAAAUUGGCCCUCAAGGACCACGAGGUCAUCCAGGUCUACCUGGUCCACCAGGAGCACCUGGUCCAAGAAAGCUAAUUGACAUCAACGCUGCUAUUCAAGCCUUGAUUGAAUCAAAUGCUGCAUUACAGAUGGAGAGUUAUCAGAAUACAGAAAUAACAUUGCUGGAUCACAGUGCUGAAAUAUUCAAAACCUUACAUUAUCUUAGCAAUUUGCUGCACAGUAUCAAGAACCCACUAGGAACUCGAGAUAACCCAGCACGUAUCUGCAAAGAUUUGCUUAACUGUGAACGUAAAGUAUCUGAUGGAAAAUACUGGAUUGAUCCAAAUAUUGGAUGCCCUUCUGAUGCCAUUGAGGUUUUCUGCAACUUCACUGCUGGUGGCCAAACAUGUUUGUCACCCGUAUCUGUGGCAAAGUUGGAAUUUGGCAUCGGAAAAGUGCAGAUGAAUUUUCUUCACUUGCUGAGUUCAGAAGCAACCCAUACAAUCACAAUACACUGUCUAAACACUCCUGUAUGGGGAACCCCUGAACUGCAUGCUCAGAAACCCUCUGUCACCUUCAAAGGAUGGAAUGGCCAGACGUUUGAAGCAAACACACCGCUUGAACCAAAAGUGCUUCUGGAUGAAUGCAUGAUUCAAGAUGGCAGCUGGCAUAAAACCCAAUUCCUUUUUCAUACUCAAGACACCAAUCAGCUUCCUGUUGUUCAGGUGCAUAAAUUUCCUCGUCUCAAACAAGGUCAACAGCAUUACAUCGAGAGCGGUUCAGUUUGUUUCCUCUAGGCAUCUAGAGUCCAGCUGUGUUUUUCACAUCAUCCCAGUUUUGCCUCAAGGAGCAAUAACAACUAUAGAAGAAUUAUAAGGAAAAAAAUUGUUGGUAAUUCCUUAAAGAAUCUCAGGAAGAAAAAGACUUCCUCCUAAGAAGGAGAAAUUGUUUUUCAAAAAGAGAAAGACCUUGACAGCAUGAAUAAACUAUUUAAUUUUUAAGUGGUGCUUUUCAUGGUAUUCUCUGGAAAUGAAAAUUAGACUUUUAUGUGGAAAUUCUUCAGAAAAAGCAGUGUUUUGACUAUUCUUAAUAGCACUGUCUAGGACACCUUAAGAAAAGAUGGAAGAAUGCAGUACUAAGGAGCAACCCUGGCUAAUGCUCCCAAAUGUGCAAUAGCUUGUAUUAUACUUGUGACAGUGAGUUAUACCACCAUAAAAUAAAUCUUUUCCUUAAACAUUUAAGUUUCAUUAUGGUACUUUUGGACACAGAAAUCUUAACAGAUGAUACACUACCUCCUACGUGUUUCCUGUUUGUGUUGCCUGGUGCUCUCUGUAUAACACAAAGUGUUUCGUGGCUUUAGUCAAGAUGACUUUUUUCUUUUUUAAUUAUUAUUACUUAUUUCAGACUUUAUGUGCUGGUUACAUCAAGAUAAUUUCAUUGUAAAAUUGUGUCUUUUUUUAAAAAAAAUGCCCACGCACAUCAUUAUGAGCGAAAACAUUAUUUAUGUGAAAAUCUUGUUUUAAAUAUUUCUGUCUGGAGACGUGGAAGAGGUGCAUAAGACAGGACUUUGUAUCUGGAGCUUUUAGAGAAAAACAGGAUUUUGUAGUUGUAGAAGGGCUACAUACAAUGGUCUUCUAAAACUUUUUGGACUGCAGUUAAAUAUUUUAACUAUCCAAGGCAAUCUACAAUGAUGUAUUUUGUAAAUAUUUUGUAACUGUUCAAAAUGUUAAUACAGCAUAUAUUUAAA